AUGGGAGUGUUCCAUAUUUCCAAACUCUCUGAUAUUCGUCUCAAAAAGUACCUGAAUUUUUUUCUCCGAAGAAUUCAAAAAAAGGUGCAAAUUCUAUCCGCUGAACAAUUUGCCACUUUAUUGUCAUCCAUUGAAGCGAAACAUAUAGCAAGUUUACAGAUUAUUGAAAAGGUAAUUUCACAUUUCAAAAAUGAUUUUUUCUUUUCUGAAAAUAACUUAGUUGCUUUUCAGGGACAGGGAAAAUUUCCUAAAGGCUAUCAUAUUUAUAGCAAAUCAUGCUUUUUCGCUGUACUGAAUUUGCGGAGACCCAAACUGGUCCUUUUUCAAAACUACGUUUUAAACAACCAACUUAUUACAUUCACCUUCAACUGUUUUUUACUUCCUUCUGGCUCAUUUUUUAUGAAUGGAUUGAAACUGCAGGAUCUGCAUAAGUUGGUCGGCGAACAAUCUGCUUUUGUUGGUGGCGUCCUCAAAUUCUAUCAUGUGAUUAGCUACUUGAAUUCAAAAAGCAUUGGAGCAAAAUUAGCGGGGUUCUUAAGUUUAGAAAAUGAAUCCUCCUCGAAAGGAUGCCCUUUGAAUGAUGUUUCUGUAUUACAGUAUCCUCUUCAAAUAAUGAUAAAAGUAAAAUCUGUGGUUUUUGAAAAAGGUCGAUUUCACCCUUUUUUUCGGUCAGGAUUCGGGUCCCACCUGCUUCAGUCAAUGCAUGAAUUUUCCAGUCAACUUCCACCCCCACCACCACUACAACCACCACCUCCGCUUCCACCGCCGCCUGUACUACAAACGCCCAUAUCAUCUACAUCGUCAAUGCUGACAACCUACAGUUUAUCCAAUCUGCCCCACCAUCAGCACAGGCCGAACCCAACUCUGACAGCCCCGAAACCAUCAUCCAGUAAGUCGACCGGAUCGAUUACUAAGGGACAUGAAAGCAAGCAUGUUACCACCACUGCUGCCACUAACACCAACACUUCAACCGGAUCUAGACGUUUAAUGAAUGCUAAUAAGCGUUCUAGACGACAGAGAACUCAUUUCACAAGCCAACAACUUCACGAAUUGGAGACAACCUUCAUGAGAAAUAGAUAUCCUGACAUGAAUAUGCGCGAGGAAUUGGCUGCUUGGACGGACCUAACCGAAGGUAGAGUUCGACAGCCACCAAAUCCACCACCACUUAAUCCAUCGCACCAACACACCAAUAUCUCUGCUACCGCAGCAGCAGCUGUUGCCAUGGUCGCAUGGAGGCAAACGUCUAAGCCUCCAACUUCAACAGGGUUUCUCUGGCCUCCUGUACGAUCGGAUGAGGUGGAUAGUUCUCUACAGACAUCUGUCUUACCUCCUCUCACCUCACUACCGCCAUCGUACCCACUAUUUGCGUCAGAUUCAGCAGGAGGUUUUGAGGUGAAGUGGAGGGCCGACGAGGGAGGCAGCGACAGUGACGACGAAGAGGAGGUUGAGGACGAUGAUCAGGAGGAGGAGAUGGUAUCAAGACUCCAACAGGGUCAGGAUUACCCACCACCACCACCACCACCACUGCUGGUUCGACUUCCACAGCAACAGCAACUACAGCAGCAUAACCACCCAGAUUUCUAUGACUUCCACCAACAUAUUAAUCAAAAUCACCAGCACCAAUUUGACCACCAGACAUUCCAGCAACAUAUACACCGUGAAGGCCCAUUUGGGAGGCUUCCAACAACGGAUGAGUUGCAGGAAAUAGAACAGGAAAUUCCAGUUAGCCAUUUAUAUUUGAAUAUUAUGCAGUUUGUUGACAAAUGA